GCGCCGCCCUUCCUCUCCGUCUCUGCUUGCUCUGCAGGUUCAUGUGUACGUCGACCUGAAACAGUCCCUAGUUAACCUGUUUAUUCCAAUUGCCGACUUUACAAUAGACCAUGGAGGUUCUGGAUCAUAUAGAAAAUGAUCCGCCUCUCCAGUUUCCGUCCCUUCGCCUCUUCAUCCCUCCCCUCCGACUGGUAUGUGGAGCCAUGUGGCAUGCUGUGCAAAGCAGGAACAUUCGGGAUUAUGGGAUGGUGGAAGAGUUCAUCAGCACAGUCACAGAUAUUGUGCCAGAACUGUUGAAUCCAGAGCAGAAAGUCCAAAUCCUUCUUGGACUCAGAGCGCGAGUUCUUCUUGAACUGUGUCGCCCCGAACAGAUCACAGACACAGAAUCUGUGGAGAUGCACCUGAAGCAGAUAAGAACCCUCAUAUCCACAUGGGCCGCGCAGCCUUGUUUUGCAGAUGUCAGUUUUUCCGAUAUAAACUUUGUAGAUCAGGUGGAGUUGAUCUUAAAGGACCCUGAGAAGAAGAAGAAGUUCUUCCAGAAUGUUUUCCCCACGGAUUUUGGACCUGAUUUUGACAACACUCUUGAGAUGCUGAUGCUGGAUUUUGUGUCCAGACUGGAGAAGCUUCUCCCAGUACCAGACAUUCAGCAGACUGCAUCCAUGCUCAGUGCAGUGCCUUCUGCUUUGGAGGAGUCCACUCACUCGGUACCCGACCCACAGCACCUGACAGCUGUUCUGCGGUACCAUGCAACGCUCGGAUGUCUUGAUUUGUCUAAUGAAACUCAGACCACUCCAUCCUCCACUGGGACCGCCAUCCUGUUGUCCCUGUCUCUUCCUCAGCUGGAGCAGCUUGUGAUCUGUUCCGACCCGAUACAGACGCAGCCUCUGCCGGAGCUGUUGCCAGACUACUUGACGGUCAAAGUAGAGGAAGAAACCGUGACACUGGUUGAUGAUAUUCAGCAUUCUAGUCCAGUUGAGCCUGAUGAUCAAGGAGAAUCAGUUGUGGAGGAAAUUGUGCAAAAAGCACCACAAGGAGAUUCAGGUGACGCCGUAGAGUCUCCAAACAUUCCGCCGCCACAGCAAACAAAGUGGCUCCGACUGAGAAGAAGGGUUUUUAAAGAAAAGCAAGAUCCGGUGAAACCUAAAAGAGUACAAAAGAAGUGCAGCAACAGUAAAACGUGUCCUGUGUGUAAUAAGACGUUCCCCCGAGCUGCCGGCAUGAGGCGGCACCUGGAAAUUCACAAAACAAAACGGGACUACAAUCACAAGUGCAGCAAAUGCGACAAGCGAUUCAGAGACCAGUAUGACUUAAAGCGACACACCAUGCGUGUUCAUGAAAAGGGAGAGAUGAGUGACGGCUCUAAAGGCAGGAAAUCCAAAGACUCCUCCACCCUGGAGACACCGACAAAUAAAACCUGCCCUCACUGUGGGAAGUAUUUCGCCUGGCAGAGUGAUCUGAAGCGGCACACAGAGACUCACUCAGGGGAGCGUCCGCAUCAGUGUUCUUUGUGUGAAAAGAAGUUUAAAAAUCCUUACGCUUUGAGGUCACAUGAGAGAAGCUGCCAAACCCGAGAGGACAAAAGGGCCAAGAAGAAGGAAAAGGUUUGCUUAAAUCCAGAGGCAGCUGCUGAGGUGUCAGCAGAACCUCCAGACUGUACGGAAAAGGACAGUCAAAGCAAUCCACCAUUAAAUACAGAUCCCACUCCGUAUAUGCUGCUGUCUACUGAAGUCUCAGUUAAACAUAAAGUUUGUCCCAUCUGCAGCAUGACCAUUAAGAACAACAGAGACAUCAAGAAGCAUCUACGGUCUCACUCUGAAGAACGACCGUACGUCUGCCUCACGUGUGAGAAGGGCUUCAAGUACAAAGACACGAUAAAGAAGCACCAAACUCUCAAAGGCCAUGAGGGCAUCAGGGAGGUGCAGUGCAAGAAACUGGAAAGGCUUCUCUCUGAAGUUGAUGCUCAGUGCACAGGUGAUGCUGCUGGACUAGAAGAAAUUGAUCUAGAGGCAUCUGUAGAUGCUCCAAAGCAGAGUUUACCUGUUCUUAACAUGUCCAAGGAAGGCUUGAAGGUGUGUCCUGUCUGUUCCAAGACGUUCGAUAUGAUUAAAACUUUGAACAAGCACCUCCAGUCCCACAGGGUCGACAGGCCGUAUUAUUGCGUCCACUGCAAGAGGCGCUACAAAGACUUGUAUGGACUCAAAAGACACCAGAUCUAUGCAGUCUGCUACAACAAACCCCCGCGUUACUCACUGAAGAAAGGGUCCAGUCAAAGUGAAACGACCAGUACGGAUCUCCAACAGAUAUUCGUCUGGUGCUCAAACUGCAGCCAACACUUUGAGUCCCUGUCCGCCCUGAAGGAGCACCAGGAAAGCGUUUGCAGAGCGGAACCGACCGUGAAGAAAUGCAACGAAUGUGGGAAGGAGUUCAAGAGCAUAACAAUGCUUAAAGUGCACAAGAAGAUUCACAACCCGCUGUACUGCAAAGACUGCAAGAAGAUCCUGGCGGACGAGCCCGCCUUCGAGCGGCACAAGCUGUUGCACAGGCCGAUGCAGUGCACAAUGUGCGAGGAAACGUUCAUCAUCUCAAGACGCCUGAGGGAACACUACGAAAAGCACCACAACUUCACAGGACCCUUCCCGUGUACUCAGUGCGACAAAACCUUUGUCCAGCUGUCCUACCUCAUUAUCCACCAGAGAAUCCACAGAGGAGAGUUUCCAUUUGUCUGUGAUAAGUGUCCUGAGAAGUUCAGGACCUCCUCCUUGUUGACGGUUCAUCGCCGGAAACACUCCGGGGAGAAGCCCUUCCUGUGCUGGCAGUGCGGGAAGUCGUACCGCGCCGCCUCGGACCUCUCGAUGCAUAUGGGAACCCACUCAGAGGAGAGACCCUGGAACUGCACUCAGUGCGACAUGGCUUACCGCACAAAGGCACAGCUCAAGAACCAUGUGGAGCAAGUACACCUCUGUAUCAGGUUCACAUGUGCUACUUGUGGGCGGCAGUUCAUGAAAGAGAUGUCGCUGAAAAGGCACGAGCUCACUCACACAGGCGAGAGGCCUUUUCCCUGCGCAGAGUGCAGCAAAUCCUUCCUCACCGGCAACGAGCUGCUGCGGCACAGCAGGUACCACACGGGAGUGCGCCCCUACAAGUGUGAGGUAUGCUGCAAGGCCUUCAUCCAGUCGAGCUACUUAAAGAUCCACAUGCGCCUCCACACAGGAGAGAAGCCGUACACAUGCGACAUCUGCGACAAAAGCUUCAGGUUGUCGAGAAACAUGCAGAAACACAGACGGACUCACGAUGGGAAACAGAAGAGCUUCACAUGUGAGAUCUGUGGAUUCAGUUUCACCCAGAGGACACUGCUGAACGAACACGCUGCCACUCACGAGCAGAAGAUCGAGACCGUUUAUACAAAUGAAAUCGAGUUGGAACUUCAGUAAAGAUCCUGUUUUCUCUUCAUAAACAUUUCCUCUGAGACGUUCGUAUUUCUUUAUCAAAUGUUUGAUCACAAGCUGGUGUUUUUUUCAUGAUUAUCUUCAGUCACAGAUAAGAUAAGAACUUCUGUCAGGGUGCUGAACGUAAUCUGUAUAAAAGGUUCCUUAAAUAAAUGCAUCUUCAGUGCUGAUUCACUGUUUUUGUGUAAAAAGCAUAAAGCGGACAUAAAUGAAUAAACUGGCAUUUUUGUCUCGGUGACUAAUAUA